CAGGCUCCUGCAAACAUGCCCCCGUCUCCUCCAGGGAGGGAGGACUCGUGCUUGCCCGGCCAAGUCCCCUGCUUUGGAGCUUGGGAGAAAAGUCCAGCAUUUCCCUUGCCAGAUAGUGACAGUUUGGGCAUGGGCUUUCGGCUCUCCUGUCCCCUCCCGGCCCCUUCCCAACGCCAGCGCUGCUUCCUUCCCACCCAGUCCGGUUUCCUCCGCCUGGCUUCGGGAUGCCGCCGAGGAGGAGGGUUUAUAGCGACGUCGCCAGCCGCUCAGCUGUCACCCACCGAACUGACAGAAAUGCGGAAUGAUCUUUUUAAUAAAGAGAAAAGUAGGCAGUUAUCGUUAACUCCCCGAACAGAAAAGAUCGAAGUUAAGCAUGUUGGGAAAACUGAUCCUGGCACCGUCUUCGUGAUGAAUAAAAACAUUUCAACUCCCUACAGUUGCGCCAUGCAUUUAAGUGAGUGGUACUGCAGAAAGUCCAUUCUGGCUCUUGUGGACGGACAGCCGUGGGACAUGUAUAAGCCUUUGACCAAGUCCUGUGAGAUAAAAUUUCUUACUUUCAAAGACCCUGACCCAACAGAAGUGAAUAAGGCUUAUUGGCGUUCUUGUGCCAUGAUGAUGGGCUGUGUAGUAGAAAGAGCAUUCAAAGAUGAUUAUGUGAUCAGCUUGGUCAGAGCACCUGAAGUCCCUGUCAUUGCUGGGGCUUUCUGCUAUGAUGUAGUUUUGGAUAAGAGACUGGAUGAAUGGAUGCCAACGAAAGAGAACCUGCGUUCUUUCACAAAAGAUGCCCGUGCUUUAAUGUACAGGGACCUUCCCUUUGAAACUCUGGAAGUUGAUGCAAAAGUGGCAUUAGAAAUAUUUCAACAUAACAAGUAUAAAGUGGACUUCAUAGAAGAGAAGGCAUCUCAGAAUCCCGAGAGAAUAGUCAAGCUACACAGAAUUGGUGACUUCAUUGAUGUGAGUGAAGGCCCUCUUAUCCCGAGAACAAGUAUUUGUUUCCAGUACGAGGUGUCAGCAGUCCACAAUCUUCACCCCACUCAGCCAAACCUCGUUCGAAGAUUUCAGGGCCUGUCUUUACCCACUCACUUGAGAGCACAUUUUACAAUAUGGGACAAGCUAUUGGAAAGAUCUCGGAAAAUGGUAACUGAGGAUGAAACUAGACAGACAGAGGACACUGUAUCUACCCCAGAGCCUUCGAAAAUUUAAGUAUGUAUAGUAAAUUAAAAUAAAAGCUUUUAAUAUAA